UGGAGCUCCUCCUGCGGGGCCAGAGGGCGCAGGUCCGGUUGUUAUGGUGAAGCAUUUCCCCAGAGGGCUGGAGCUGGAGCAGCGGACAGCAGCUGAUUCAGUUUCACCACCGCAGACACGCACAGGAGCCGCCACUGACAGGAAACUCCACAGAAAGAAGAAAAUUUCGUUGAGGAACAAGUCGUUGAAGCCUUCAUUCCCAGCCGUCUCAUUCUGAAGAUCUAACAAAAAGUGCAGCACCACCACAACCCCCAGUAGCAAGUUUUUGAAGGUUCUCUGUUUACCAUCAAGGGAUAUUUGAAUCAUGUCACGCUCUACAGUAACUGGACCAGGCCUUGUCCUGCGAAUGCCCCUGUUUAUUGUCAUUUAACAUCUUGGUUGACCUUGUGGAUUUAUUGGUCACUGCCGCACAUGGAUUCUCAAAUAUUUACCGCUCUGUUGGAUCCAAGUCUCAGACACAAUGACCACAAGUAUGGAUUAAAUGUUGAAAUAGAGAAUCUACUCAGGAGAAUAGUUUGACUCUGCCUUUCCAGCUCUUCUUUCCUCCUCUCUGUCUGUCUUCCCCCCAGUGGAUCCCCAAAGUUGCCCACAGUUGAAAUGGAUGAGAGGACUGACAGUUGGUUGAAAUCCACAGCUUGGAUUGUUUUUGGAUACCUCUCUGCCAUUAUUUUGCUUUGGCACAGUUAUAUGAAAGAUGGGCAAGAGACAUUGCCAUAGUUUCAUGUCUUUGCUUCCUUUGGAAAUCAUGGAGAUAUCUGUCACUUGAUUGUACACCACAAUUUGUUUUGUUCCUUUAUUCUUUGGGCAAUUUUGGUAUUUGUUUUUUUUUUCCACAAAAGGAUUCUUUUUCAAAUAAACUGCAGCAUCUUUUUUGUGGUCUCCCACAGGCCGUAAUGUAGGCCUGUUUGGCCUGUCAGAAGGCUCUCUUAAGGGGCACAAGGGAGUCAUAUGCGAAAUUUGGAAUCCCAAAGCUCUGAAAGGAUUUAAUAUCCUCACGGACUAAGUGAAACAAACAGGAAAAUAGUAGCAAAGCCACUGUAGCCGGUGGUCGUGUUGUGGUAAAAUGGCAGCAGAUCACGGUGAGCUACUGGCUGAGAUGUCAACAAUCGGGCGUCUGAGUGCCACAGAACGCCUAAAGCACGCACAGAAGCGCCGUGCUCAGCAGCUGAAGGCUUGGGCACAGAUGGAAAAGGAUGCAGCACGAGGGUCAAGAGCCAAAGCAGAUAAGAAGAAGCCACGCACCACCAAAGUGAAAUUCCCCAAUGCUGUCACCCUGCUAGACGCAACUGCCCGCAAUGACUUGAAUGAGGUGAGGGAGCUGCUUAACAGCGGUGUCAGCCCAGAUCUUGUCAACGAGGAUGGACUGACAGCCCUGCAUCAGUGCUGCAUCGAUGAUUUUGUGGAGAUAGUGCAGUGCCUGCUGGAUGCUGGUGCCUGUGUGAAUGCCUGUGACAGUGAGCUGUGGACACCGCUGCACGCUGCCGCCACCUGUGGACACACUGGACUGGUGCAGCUCCUGAUUCAAGCUGGGGCUGACCUGCUGGCUGUUAAUGCGGAUGGCAACAUGCCCUAUGACCUCUGUGAGGACGAGGCCACCCUUGAGCUGCUGGAGAUGGUUAUGGCUGAACAGGGCAUAACUCAGGACCGUAUAGAUGAAUGCAGAGGGGCUAAAGAGACGGCCAUGGUGGCUGACAUUCGGGCUCUUGUGCAGAGCGGAGCAGACUUGAACGCACAGGACAACAAUGGGGCAACUCUGCUCCAUAUCGCAUCUGCCAAUGGCUAUGUCUCUGUGGCAGAGCUAUUACUAGAGAACAGUGCUCAGGUGGAGGUGAAGGACUCUGAUGGGUGGACGCCGCUACAUGCUGCCUCCUGCUGGGGACAGAUCCAAAUGGUGGAGCUGCUGGUGGCCCAUGGAGCGAGUCUGAACGCAAAGUCUGUCCUAGAGGAGACACCUCUGGAUGUAUGUAUGGAUGAGGAGGUCAGAGCCAAACUGAUGGACUUGAAGCACAAACACGAUGCCAUCAUGAAGAGCCAAGACAGGCAUAAGGGCACGCUGCAAAGACGAGCAUCGAGUACUGGAAGCAGAGGUAAAGUGGUGCGUCGCGUCAGUGUGAAUGAGCGCUCUAGUCUGUACCGGCGGGAGCAUCACAAAGAGGCCAUGGUGUGGCAGGAGCGUGGCCGACAGCCUGAGCCCCAGGACGAUGAUGAUGACAGACAGACUGACAAUGAGCUGCACCAACAUGCCACAAUGGUUGCUGGUGGUGCAGCAACCUCACGUAUAGAGGAAUUGGAGUCUGCGGACAGGAAACUCGUCUCGAACCUAGGGAAUGGAGAGACCUCUGUUUCUCUCGCCUCCUCUGUGCCUGGAGAGCUGUGGAUUGGUGGAGGUCCCAUGGAGCGCAGCGCCUCCUACCAGCUCAGCCCUGCAUCAGCAGAGGGUGAAGGGGCAGACAGUAUGACUCGGGAGAAAUCACACCACACCCUGGCUGACCUGAAGCGCCAGCGGGCAGCCGCUAAGCUCAAUAAAUACCCAGCACCUCAGCCACCCCUGCACCCUCCCUUAGAGGAGGAGCCUUCUGUUGCACCGGCAGAGGUGACAACCACUCAGGCUCAGCCAGAGCCCCAAAUGACCCCUGUCUCAGCGGUCUCCCCCAGCCAGGUGUACUUCACCCCAGCCAGCGGAGAUCCUCCGCUACUGAAACUUCGAGCCCCUGAGGAGGAGCAAUCCAACAAUAAGGAGCCUUGCUGUGGACUCAUGUAGUUCACCUCACACACUCAAACACACUGCCUACAGAGUACAGAAGCUGGACAUGUUACACCCCAAAGUGGCAAACCCUUUUGAAAACACGCUUUAAAUUAAUCACUGAAAUUAAGGCCACAUGCCAAUGAGGGUUCAAUUUACACUGCAGUCCAAGUGAACUAAAGUCAUUCUAUGUCCUCAUUUCCUCAGCACUUAUCUUUUCCUUUAACAAAAGUUAAUACACAUCUUAUACUAGACAUUCACACUGAAGGGCUGCUUAAGCUGUUGCACAUCAUGUGGUUCUAGUGUUGCAAUCAUAAUCAAAGAUCUGCUCCACUCAGUCUUCUUCAUCAUUUUUUUUUUACUCAUAUCUUACUUAAUUACUCAAUUAGACUCACUGAAAAGUCUUAGAAUCACGUAAAAGAUUAGAAAUCUUCAUAAAGCUGAAUUAAAAUGAAUUGCAACUGAUUUAUCGUAAAUUAAAAACAAGGUUCUGUUUUCUCUACUGAAUAAAUGGUGUUAAAGGUACGUGGUCUACAUUUGCAGACAUUCACAUUAUAAGCACGAGGUUUUGAGUGUGGGAGGUUGGUUGCACUAGUUUCAGUUUAUAAUACAGCUAUUCUGAAUUUUCAUUUACACAAAUAUGGAUUGUUUCCUUGCUUGAUUUUUCUUCUUAAACAGAAAAUAUAUUGUAACAGUUUUGUUACUUUGCAGUGCACAAAAAAGGCCUACAUUUCAAGUUUCAUAAUGGUGCAAUUUGUAAAUUAAGCAUUUGUCUUUAAUGCAAGAUAAUCGAUAUUUAAAUCAAAGGAAAAAUGCACUCAGCCUAUCAUCACAAUCAGAUUACUAUUUUUCUGUCAGUAUUUCUUUUUUCUACCAUCAGAAUGGAAUUGCAUUAUUUAUUCCAUCUGAUGCUGAGAGUAAGUGACUUGUACCAUUGUUGAAGAAAAAUAUAAUUCUAUAAAGUAAAAAGUGUGAAGGCAAAAUAUUUUUAUGUACACAGAAUUAUCAAAGAGAUGAUGUUUAGUUUUAUUGUCAAACCAAGUACACUUGUCAUAUGAUUGUUUAUCAAAGGUCGGUGCCUUCAGUAGGUAGCUUAUUUAAUGUAGGUUUGCAAUGCUUGCACGUAGUCCCACAUGUAGAUUUGGUGAGCAGUGGGAUUAAAUGAUCUAUCUGACAUGGACUUGAUGUACUGUCAAAGCACUCCAAUUUCUGUAUUGUAUUUCAGUUUUGUUAGUGAUUUUUACUGAUCCCUGUUUAGAAAAAUGAAACAUAAGAUGUUUUCACAAACAAUUUUUGUGUUUUUUAAUGCAAUUGUUUAGUGUAUUUGGAAAGUAUGACUGCUCAUAUCUGUAGUUAUUGUUUGAUAGGAGGAAAUCAGUUAGACUUUACGUUUUUGAAACAUUUAGUUUAACAAAACAACUCCUGUUUAAAUUUAGGCUCAUGUUGGAAUCCAGGUCAGGUUCAGAUAAUGACCCCCUGUUCUGAGAAAGAGGCUGACCUUUACCCCUGGAGUCUGUAUGCUUUAACUUGUUUACCUUAAGUUGAGGAGGUGUUCCCCUUGUGGUAAAAGUGAGCCGUUGCAUAUUUUUCACACUUGGCCACUCGUGCCUUCGCUCUUCCUCUUAUAUCAGACACCCCGUCACUUUCUGAACAUCUCCGAUGUCACAGUGUGUGCUUAUCUGUCUGCCAGGGUAGCAGCUGAUACACAGGAAACACCCCGGCAGGUGUUAGUAAUAGAAGCAGUAUAUGUAGAAACAACUGUUUGAACCCUAGUUUCAAGUUAUGUUAAGUUGUAGCCGUAUGAUUUAAACUUAUUUAAGUAGUUAUCAUUAAGAUACACCAGAAUUACCCUCAUGCUCUCAUAUAAACCUUGAUGCACAGAUCGUAACGCUGCCCCUUAUUUUGUAUGUGGCCUUGGAAACAGUUGUGCAUGGGGUGUGUUAAAAAUAGAACCUGCUUAACUUCAGACAUGAUUUGAGAGUGAGCUACAGCUGCGGAGCUAUGAGCGGUGAUCCCGUUAGUCUCUUAAAUCGUCAUAUUACAAUAGUUGAAGAGCUGAUUCAAAACACGAUCUAUUAUGAUGAUGUUGAUCCGUCAUUUAAAAUUAGGUAAGCAGAAUAGGCAGUGUCGUGUGAUGCUGCCAAAGUAUGCACUGCAUGACACAAGUCAGGACAUCACAUGCUCUUAGGUGAACCAUUUUAGUUUGGGAUAUCAAAUGUCUUUCCCAAGCCCUUUCCAAGACAUGAGGGGGGAGUUUCUCUGAUGCAUGCACAGUCCUUCUCUCACACACAAACCUAAUGACGCUCUCCUGCUCGUUCCAAAACAAAAGAUGCACAAAGAAGGGAUUGUUGAGAAUUUCUUUGACAUCCUGCUGUCAAUACUAACUUGUUCCUCUGCAUUCUUGACAGGAUAGGUGGCUCCUUCGGGGGCAACAUGAUGCCUUUUACUGUGAACCAUGUAGCAUGUUACAAAACAUGGAGAUGACCUGUCAUCUGCUGCUGAUGUCUGAGUACCCCACACUUUCCCUUUAUCUCAACAUAAACUCAAUCUUAACCAGUCUUAAUUGAAAUUACUCAACUCCCCAGCUGCUAGAUCCAUCCACACAGUACAGGCAUGCCUAUAAUGGGUAUGACUAUUUUUGUCAGCUUAAUUAGGCUACAGUAACAGUAGCAAAAUGAUUAGAUCAUGUACAUUAACAUUUGCUAUUUUUAAGGGUUUUCUCAAACAUCUCCUUGUUCAUAAUGCAGAGCAUUACAGUACAUAAAAGGAUCGCUGCCCCAUGAUAUGUUGGAAGAUCUUUGAAUUAAAUUGCUGCUUAAUGCAUCAGUAACAAUUCAGUAAUAUAAAUCCUUUAGGCAUAUAACACUUAGAAAAUUGCUAUAAUCAGCUAUAAUCAGCAUUUUUUAAAAAUAUAGACACAGACCUUUUCACAAAAUACAUUUCAAAGAAGUUAAACUUUAGUUCUAAAAUUAAUGAUGCUUGAAAUCCAUUUACCCAUCUAAGUUUUAGUGCGCUUCUCUGUCAGACUAUGACCUAAUGUGACACUAGACAGUUAAACCAGUAACCUAUAAAGGUGUAACCACAGAUAAUUAUCAACCCGGUCUGCAGAGCUCCUCAGCACCAUGCAGAAUUUCAGUCUUCUUAUCUAUUAGCACUGAGGUUUUUAUCACUUGAAACCUGUCUUUAUUCUUACCCCCUUCAUUAACCUUGUUUCCAGGGACAGAUGACAUUUUCAAAUGACAGAUAGCGACUAAAGAGGAGGUUAUUUUGGUGGAGACCAAAACAGUGCCAAAGAUGGCUAAGAAGAAUGGAAAGAAAUGCCAGUUGACUGCAUAUAAAAGCUGUAUGUUAACCCUCUUUUAAAUGGCGCUUUCUACUUUCUAUGUUCUCACCAAAAUUCAUAGCUUACCAGAUAAGAUUAUUUUUUUUCGGGGUAAAAAUAUAAAGAUUUCCCGUAAAAAAAGAAAAAAAAAAAGAAACAUCUAAAAAUCUCAGAUCUUUGCUUUGGUUCAAAAAUGAUUUUAAAGAAAGUAAACUCUGAACAAAAUCUGAGAUGAUGCAGCAACACAUUUCCUGAAUUGUCUGAACUGACAUGGACUGAACCAGUUGAGAGCUGCAGUAGCUGUCCUAAAAUGACACCAUGACAGUGCGCUAAAAAAAGAUGGGCUAGUGCUUCAGACUUGGCAAAGGUUCAGUGCACAUUGGAGUUUCAGUGACAGAUAAGACAGCGUGAAGGACAAUGCAUAAAAUCAUCAUACAUCAACCUUGAAGGACAGCAUUCGAGAAACGUACCCUUGCUUGCUGCCUGGUACAAAAACGCAAGAUUAAACUUUACUAAAAGAAACAAAAAAUCAGGGCUUUGGUCAAGAUACACUUGCUCAGCUCAGAUAGAGUCUAUGUUUGCUGUGGACAUUUAGGACGACUACAGCAAACACAUAGUUCUGACAGUGAAACACAGCGGUUGUGAUAUGGGGCUACAUGAGGGCAAAUGGUGUUGAAGAGAUGAUUGUUGUAGAUCACACCAUGAAUGCCUAUGGAUAUGCCAAAAUACUGGCUGACAAGAUUGAUAUUCCAGCAUGAUAAUGAUCCAAAGCACACUGCUAAAAAAAUGCACAAGAGCUUCUGAAGAAAAAAAGAAAACUAUGACAUGACCAAGUAUGUUGCAAAACUUGACUAAAAAAGAACAGUUUUGGGGUAUUUAAAUGUAGAGCAACACAACCCCUCCAGCAGAGAGUACCGGGAGCUGAAAAAAAUGCUAACAUCUCUCUGUACAACACAAGUAUCUUUUGUGACAAGCAGGACUAAAUCUGUCAUUAAAAAGUGGACAUAAAAAGUGCUGGAAAAUUAAAAGAUUUGAAUCACAGAAAAGAAACAAAUCGUGUCAAGUAUUGCUUUAUAAUGUAGACAUUAGCUUAAAUUUGAGUGUAAAACUAAUCUUAUCUCUGCCUUGUUUUAUCUUUCCAUUAUCAAGCCGCUUUAAAAGUAUCAAGCAGCGAUAAAUAAGAAACCAAAAUUGAAACGCCCUCUCUGACAUGGCUGCUUUUAUGAACUGUGUUUGCAUUUGAAGUCAUGUUUGGCCACCAAAGGCUACAUAUGAGUUUAAAUGUUAAUGCUAGCUCCAGUUAGGGUUGCCACCUUUCAGAAAUGAAAAUAAGGGACGCCCACCACUGCUCCUCAGGGCCACGGUUCAGUAAAGUUGGAAAGAUAUUCACAGAUUCGGACUUCCGGCAUCAAUAACUCAUUAAAUAGUUAUCAUAGAGGUAUCAUUUAUGUCAAAACAUAAAUGAUACCUCUUUCAAAUCAUUGUAAGGUGGACAAUGUGCUACAAGCCCAGUUUGAUCAAAAGUAGCUGUCCUUCAAGCUGCAGGAAUAACAUUGGUGUCAACAGGAGCCAGUUGAAGGCUGCAGUGAUUUUGGUGACACUACAGUAUAUAAGAGCGAAGUUACUGUAUAUUUGUGUCUCUCUUCGCUGUUGCAGCAGUUUUGCAAUUUGCAGACCGUACCUGUUCACAGCCGGCUGCACAUAAACAUCAAUGUUAUUUCUGCAGCUUGAAAGAUAGCUACUGUUGAUCAAACUGGGCUUGUAGCACACUGUCUACUGUACGAUGGGAAAGAGGCAUUGUUUAUGUUUAGACAACCUAUAUCUAACGAGUUAUUGCCAGAAGUCCGAAUCUGUGAAUAUCUUUCCAACUUUACUGAACCCGGGCCCACUACCACCCAAGGAGUGGUAUGUUUAAUUCUGAAAAAAAGCACUGAGCCAUAAUGCUUCAAGUGCUUUCUUUAUUAACAUGAAACUAAUAAUUUUGUAUUGUUUUAUUAUCACAGGUUCUGUCUGAAAAGAAGUGGCAUCAUUUUAAACAGUGAAACCAUACUCAUAAAAUGUAAUGACCAACCAGUGUGCAAUACUGGAUUCUGCAAAAACAUAAAUUGAAUGCAGAAUACUGGACAAAGAAAUUCUGUACAGAUUUUUUUUUUAAAUCUAAAUCUAAAUCUUAUCUUAACACAGUUAAUGUAUUAACUCAUUUAUGUGUGUAUGCAUGUAUUUAUUGAUUAAUUGUUUAGUAUUGUUAACUUAGAGUUUUGAGUGAAUUUUUCUUUAGAUAGGCAAAGGCCAUUUAUUGAUUACAUAUAGGCUAUUAAAUAAAUGUUUAUUAAAAACUAAAAAGCAUUUAGAAUAAUAAUAAACAACUUAGGCCACAUCAGCAUGAUUAUAAGCAUCCUCUGGUAAAUUCACAACCAUAUACUAAUCUAUCUGAUCACAUCAGACUUCAGGAGAUGAUUGGGGAUGAAAAACUGUGACUGCUGGUUGGGUCCUCUGUGUUCUCAUGUUUCUUACAUGUUGAUGCUGCCUUACUUCAGCCAGUCCAUGAGCAACAGAAAACACAGUUUGCCCUGUACCUAUUGCCAGGGGCUCGAGUCUUCACACUCCUGUCUGUACAUUUGCAGACGUUUUUGCUUUUUUGGACGUGGUGGAGUUACAGGUGCAGACAUUUUUAAACGCGCGGGUGCAGCAGCGUCUGUAACCUGGCAACCCGCCACAGGACCGGAUAUGCAGAGAAGUCUAUCCGCUGGACCUCUAUCAGGUCCUCGCUACAUAGGUCUAAGGAAGAUGAAAUUGGCUGCCCUUAAUAUUUCCUGUGUUUUAUUUUCUUCACUGUACGGUUUUGAUGAGUGUGUGACAGACGUGUAUGGGACAUUUAUGAAAAUACGGAACAAUUUGCGUCCCGUAUUGAUUCAAUACCGGACGCAACAAUUAAUUGUCAAAUAAAGGACGAUUCCGUAUUUUAAGGGACGGGUGGCAAUCUAAUCAGUUGGUCCUUGUGGCAUUUCUGACCUUCCCUGAAAAUUUCAUGCAAUUCCGUUCUUCCUCUUUUGAGUAAUGUUGCACACAGACAAACACACAAACGUACUCCGAUUGUCACAUAACUCCGCCAAGGAAUGCGGAAAAAAGAAUAAAUUGCACUAAAAUUAUUAACAGAACAAAUAGUGAUUUAAAAGAGCUGAUCCAUGUGCCCAUGAAAAAAUGAAAGUUUUUAACGUAGAUUUGAAAAUAUAAAUGCUUGGUGCUGACCUCAGUUCCCUCAUUUUGAAUUGCCUUGUGUAUAAUUGUGCUACAAAAAUAAACUUGUCUUGUUUCGAAACGUUA